GAAGCUGGAGUGGAAGUGGGGGGAGAAUGCAUGUGUGUGUCUGUGUGAUGGCUCAGCAGAAGCUCCUAUAAAACUCCUGAUUAAGCUGAAUAGGAGUCUGAAUUGUGGAAUUUGCUUAUCAAGUAUGCUGUUCAAGGAGAAGAGAAGGAACUGUAUAUGAGAUAAAGCACAACUGGAUGAAUGUUGCCUAGUGUUUACUUUGUACAGAAUUCUUUUCUGGGAUUAAACUUUGUGGUACAGCAGAGUAAUUAUUAAAUAGUUUGAAUAUUUUUCAAUAAAAUUAUACAGAAUUAGUGUUUUGUGCAGAAAUUUUUAAAACAACUCAGAUUGUGAAUAAACUGUUGUAAAAUUUUAUGUGUGAAUAGAAACAACAUAUUGUGAACACAGAUUGUGAAAAUCAUGUUUCUCAUAUGGAACAUUUUAUCUUUCUUCUUCAACAAAUACACAUUUGGUGUGGCCCUUCUGCUGCUUGUGCUAAAGCUGUACCUCAAAUUUACAAUUGGAUAUUGCAGAAGUGAUGCUACAAUCCAUGGAAAGACAGUUCUCAUCACAGGAGCUAAUACAGGUAUUGGAAAAGAAACUGCUAAGGACCUGGCAAGGAGGGGUGGAAGGAUUAUUCUGGCAUGUCGUGACCUCGAAAAGGCCAAAAAGGCAAGAGAUGAGAUAAUUGCAAGUACAAAGAAUGAAAAUAUCAUAAUCAAGAAAUUGGAUUUACUAUCUUUAUCAUCUGUAAGGGAGUUUGCAGCUGAUAUCAAAGCCAGUGAAGAGAGGCUAGAUAUCCUGAUAAACAAUGCAGGAGUUGGUGCCAUGUCACAGAGGCACACAGAAGAUAACUUGCUUCCAACAAUGCAAGUUAAUUAUUUCUCUACAUUUCUUCUCACACUUCUUUUGAUUGAUUUACUGAAAAAGUCAGCACCCAGCAGAAUAAUAAUGGUCUCUUCAGUAGCUCACAAAUAUGCAAAACUAGAUUUGAACACCAUCAAUGUGCGUAAGGCAUGUGGUUCUCAGAGGCUGUACAACAACAGUAAACUGUGCCUCAUGUUGUUUUCCAAUGAGCUGGCUCGAAAACUUUCAAAAACAGGUGUUACCGUGAAUAGUGUUCACCCUGGUGCAGUUUUAACUGAUAUAUUUAAGGCAAUACCGAAGUUUUAUUACCGUAUAUUCCUUGUUAUUGCGAAAGCCUAUUUUAAGACUCCUUAUGAGGGGGCACAGACAUUGGUGCACCUGGCAGUCACUCCAGGUCUAGAGAAGAUUACUGGAAAAUAUUUUGUGGAUUGUGCGGAAGACAAGCCAUUACCUCUGGCAACAGAUGAGGGUAUGGCAAAGAAGCUCUGGGAGAUCACUGAACAAUUUGUGGGUCUCAAACCAGAAGAGAAAUUCUGGUGAAUAAUACAUGCCUUGGUUGUAAAAGGCUACUGUUACUAAUAUUUCUGUGACUCUACUAAGAUAUUUUGAUUUUUUAAUAAAAUAUUAUCUUCAUGUUGAA